UCGUCCUACACAGCCUUUGUCCCUCCUCCACCACCACCACCACCAGCCUACAUACCUUUUCUUCCCACGGCCGGCAAACACCUCGCCGGCGGCGCUUGGCAGUUGGCAAUGGCGUACCGGGUACUGGAGGUCACCCUAGUCUCCGCGAACGACCUCAAGAAGGUGACGCACUUCUCCCGGUUGCGCGUCUACGCCGUCGCCUCCAUCUCCGAUGGCGAUCCCCGCAUACCCACCCACAGCACCCUCACCGACCACGUCAACGGGUGCAACCCCGCCUGGAACGCGACGAUCCACUUCCCCAUCCCGGCCGCCGCGGACACCCGCGGCCUCGCGCUCCACGUGAGGCUCCGCGCCGAGCGCGCCUACUUCGGCGACCGCGACGUCGGCGAGGUGUUCGUGCCCCUCGACGACCUCCUGGCCGGCGCCGACAAGGGCGGGGUGCCGAGGCCCGUGAGCUACCAGGUCCGCAGGCCGUACUCCGGGCGCGCCCACGGCGUGCUCUACUUCUGCUACAAGUUCACCGACGUCCCCGCCGCCGGCCUCCCGGAGCCGGAGCCGGCCGAAGCCAAACAAGGCCAGUACGCCAAGUACGUGCAGGACUCCGAGAAAGCAGCGGACAGGACGAUGUCGCCGCCCACCGCGUACCCGCCGCCGCAGGCCAUGGCGUCGGGGUACCCGCCGCCGCAGUACGGGUAUGGCUCUCCGUACGCGGCGUACCCGCCGCACGCGCAGCAGCCUUACGCGUACGCUGCUCCGCCAUCGUACGGGUACGGUGCUGCUCCCCAUCAUCAACCGGCGAUGUACGGGUACGGCUACGCGCCGGCGCCGGCGCCGGCGAGGCAUGGUGGGGGUAUGGGGAUGGGGCUCGGCCUCGGGCUCCUAGGCGGCGCCGUCGGGGGGAUGAUGAUCGGGGAGAUGGUCGGUGACUACGAGGCCGACGCUGCCUACGACGCCGGGUUCAACGACGCGUUGGAAUUUUAGAUCUUGCCGUGGAGAUCGAUGAUUGUCGCCCUUUGUAAACGGGAAAGCUAUAUUACACUCGAGUGAAAUAUUGCCUCCACACACUCGAAUUUUUUUGCCAACGACAACGAGCGUGUCUUCCUCAACUCCGGCGAGCUUCAGUGACUUAUUAUCGUUCGGGGUUUGGGGAGGACCGGAGGAGGCCUACCUGCCUCCGGCGGACCUAGAAGGAGCUUUGGGCUGCAAGGUAGCGGGUGGUGGUGGUGGUUCGAGCCGGCGGUGCGGCAAGGCGGCGGGGGCGCCGCCGGCCGCGGGCGGUUGGUGGACAACCGGAUGGUCUGCGGAGGCAGCGGGGGCUAGCACCGGCGACGAGUUAGCGCGGGAGUGGCAGCGGGGUCGAAUCCGGCGGCGGGACGCCGCCGGAGACGAGGAAAGAGGGCGGGGCGGGGGCGACAGUGCCAUUAGCCUCGCCUGAGUUCAAAAAUGGGAUGCUGGGGUGGUUCCGGGGUGGAGGCUCGUCGGCGUCCCUUGCUAGAUUCGGUGGAGCAAGCUGCGGGCUGUGGAAGGGUGGCGGCGGCGCUUCUGUGGUGGUCAUGAGGUUGACGACGAUGCAGAGGCCGGUAGGGUUAUGAGGUAGGGGAUGGACCUGAGCCGUUGGAUUAGAUGGAUGGAUGGAAAUUCGGGUGUGGGCUGGGCUGUAAAAUGCUCGAGUGAGCUCUAGA